AUGCGAUUUACUCUCGCCUUAAUUACUUCUACUCUCUUAUCUCAAGCCGUUUAUGCUGCCUCUGAUAGUGAAUCCUAUUCUUCGGCAAUAUCUUAUGAAUCUGCUUACUGGAUUGAAGAAGCCUCUUCUAGUGCAGUUUCUAGUGUGAAUGAUAAUCCAUCUUUUGAAAGACAUAAUCUAAAUGAUUUCCUUAAAAAACUUAUAUUCGCUGAUGAUCAUGUAUCCAACUCUUUCUCAUCAAAGGAGGAGGAAGCUUCAUCCAUAUCACCCAAAGUUGUUGCUUCUUCAUUAUCCAAUGAGGACUCUUACUCUGUAGCUACAUCUCAUCCUAUUAUGAGAUCUAGAUCUAGAUCUAGAGAACGUGCUGCUUCUAAACUUAAAUUUAAACAUGCUCUUCGCAGAUAUCACCGUCAUCUAUUCAUUUCUGAAAAAAAAGCACAUGAUGACCAUCCUACUCUUAACAAGCGUGUUCAUGACGAAGAGGAUCUUGUUAUUAAAGAAAAAAAGGAGCAUCGUACCCAUAAUUCUGAUAAUGAUAGAGAAAAUGAAGAAUCCACUAUUGCUUCUGAGGAUGGCUCUUCUAGUAGACUUGUGUUCGUCCCUAUGGUAGAAGAGGAAUCAAGUGAUAGUAUUAAUAAUAAUGAUAAUUUCAUUACAAGUCCGUUUAAUGACCUAGACAGCAGUGCUGCUUUUGAAAGUAGCGACCUUUCAGAUGAAAGCGAUAUGUCUCUUUACAGCACAAAUUUGCUUGAUGACAUCACUUAUUUAGAUAGUAGUAGUAGUAGUAGUAGUAGUAUUUCUUUAGAUGAAAGUAGUGUCCUUCUUUAUGAUGUAUCUAUAUUAAAUGAUGACGAUGAUGAUGAUGACGACGAUGAUGAUGACGACGAUGAAGACGAUGAUGACAGCAGAAGCUCUAUUGCAGAUGGCUCAAAUGGUAAUGAAGAACUCUUUCAAAAUAGAAAGCAGGUUAAAGAAAAGCCUCAAGUAUUUAUAGAUAAGGAUGGCUUUUGGAUCCCUGAUAUACAUGCUGAAGAAAUGUUUAAGGGCUAUAAUUGGGAUAAAAAAUAA